AUUUCUGAUAAUCACUCCUGCUCUUGGCACUCUGAAUGACACAGCUGCAGAGAUGAGUUCCACCGAGGCAGGGAUGUGUUGUAUUCAAAGCUGCUAUGUUGAAUGGACUUGCGGCUGGAUUGUACUGGCUGAUUCAGAGAAGACCAGAAGUUACCAUGUAUAAAAGGACUUACUGUUAUUACGGGAUGGCAAUUUAGAGAUUCUACUCAGAGCUGUUCACAUCCUGGGACCUCAGAAGUUAUUUGUAUCUAUGUGUUUUUGAUCAGUUGGAAUAGUGAGCUGAAGUGAUAUGAGUCUGUUGCUCUGGUUUCGAGGAGGCAGACCAUUUCUGCUGCUGUUGCUCGUGCUCUGCUGCAGGAUCCUGCCAACCUGGACCAAUACCAGCAGACGCCAAGGGUCCCACAGACCCACACGCAACCUCACAGAUGAUAUCAUUCUGGCUGUCAUACUCCCUCAGCAUAACACAUCCUACCCCUGGGCGUGGCCUCGUGUGGGACCCCCACUGGAGCGCGCUAUCGCCCAUAUUAAUGCCAACCCCACCCUGCUGCCCGGGCAUCACCUCCGACACAUCUUUGCAAACAGCGAGGAUGGAGAUGGCAUCUGCUCGGAGUCCAUUGCGCCUCUCAUGGCUGUUGACCUGAAGUUUGAACACAACCCUUGGGCCUUCAUAGGACCUGGCUGUGACUAUACCGCCUCCCCUGUUGGGCUGUUCACAACUCAUUGGGGCCUUCCUAUGAUCACAGCAGGAGCCCCUGCUGUAGCUUUUGUGAACAUGGGGAUGUACACUUCUAUCACUAAUACAGGUCCCACACACAAGAAACUGGGCGAGUAUGCCCUCCACCUAUACAGGCAUUUCGGUUGGCACCAGCACACCCUGCUGAUGUUCAGUGACACUAAAAUGGGCGACAGGGCAUGCUACUUUGCCCUGGAGGGGCUAUACACAGAGAUGCAUGAGGAGAACAUCACAACCAUGGACCUUGUGUUCGAGGAGAAUAAAGGACCUGUUAACUACUCUGAACUCCUGCACAAGAUCCAGGAGGGUGGCAGAGUGGUAUUUGUGUGCUGCUCUCAAGAUGUUUUUCGUCAGUUGAUGGUGAACUUCCGCAGGGCAGGUCUCCCUCAGGAGGAGUUUGUCUUCUUCUACAUUGACAUCUUUGGACGUAGUUUGCAGUCCCAGCCUUCUCAGCCGUGGGUGAGAGGGGACCCAGACGAUGCCCUUGCAAAGGAGGCCUUCCAGAGUGUGAAGAUUUUGACCUACCUAGAGCCCCAGAAUCAAGAGUACAAAGAAUUUGUCACUAAUCUAAAAUCAGAUGCCAAAAGGAUGUUCAACUUCACAGUGGAGGAUUCUUUGAUGAACAUCAUCUCAGGUGGUUUCUAUGAUGGUCUGAUGUUGUACUGUCACGCUCUGAAUGAAAGUCUUUCUGAGGGACACGGGCGACCCUCGAGAGAGUCUGUCACAAAAAGAAUGUGGAACCAAACCUAUUAUGGUGUCACUGGUCUGGUGCAAAUUGAUGAAAAUGGAGACAGAGAGACUGAUUUUGCCUUGUGGGACAUGACUGAUACCAAAAAUGGCAACUUUCAGAUUGUGGCAGCAUAUAAUGGCACUCAGAAAAAGAUGAAGAUUCAGCCAGGGAUGACCAUUCAGUGGCCAGGUGGUGACAUCCCUUUGGAUGUGCCUAUAUGUGGGUUUAAGAAUGACAACCCUGCCUGUCAUGCACGAACCAUUGCAAUGCACCAGAUGAUUUCCAUUGUGAUCUUUUUCAUCCUCAUCAUCAUCUUCACUGUGAUGGUGUUUGUAUACAGAAAGCUGAAGCUGGAGAAGGAGUUGGUUGCUCAGUUAUGGAGGAUCUCUUGGGAGGACAUUCAGAUGAACAACCUGGAAAAGGUCAUGAGGAGCACUGGCAGCAAACUCACACUCUCUUUGAGAGGCUCAAACUAUGGAUCACUGCUGACAGGUGAUGGAAAUUUCCAGGUGUUUGCUAAGACUGGCUACUUUAAGGGCAACAUUGUGGCAAUUAAAUAUAUCAACAGAAAGCGCAUCGAGUUAACGAGGAAAGUGUUGUUUGAACUGAAACAUAUGAGAGAUGUGCAGAAUGAGCAUUUGACACGUUUUAUUGGUGCCUGCAUCGACCCACCCAAUAUUUGCAUUGUCACAGAAUACUGUUCUCGAGGAAGUCUGCAGGACAUCUUGGAAAAUGAAAGCAUCACACUAGACUGGAUGUUCAAAUAUUCUCUGAUCAGUGACAUAGUGAAGGGCAUGGCUUUCCUCCACAACAGUGUGAUUGUAUCCCAUGGCAACCUGAAGUCAUCUAACUGUGUGGUGGACAAUCGUUUUGUGCUUAAGAUCACAGACUAUGGGCUGUCCAGCAUCAGGACGGAGUCGGACACAGAGGAUGCCCACUCUUAUUAUGCACGUAAGCUGUGGAUGGCUCCUGAGCUGUUGAGGUUGGAGUUCUUUCCUCCUGGCGGCACGCAGAAAGGUGACGUCUAUAGUUUUGGCAUCAUCCUCCAGGAGGUGGCACUACGCAGAGGAGUCUUUUACCUGGAGGGAGAUGCGCUCAGCCCCAAAGAGAUUGUAGAUCGAUUAGCUCUGGGUGAAUGGCCAUACUUGCGGCCAUCAGUGAACCCUCAGGUCCACAGUGAGGAGGUUGGCCAGCUGAUGCAGCGUUGCUGGGCUGAAGAACCUUCAGACAGACCUGAGUUCAACCACAUUAGUGUAUUACUCCGCAAACAGAACAGGGAGCACAGAAGUAAUAUCUUGGAUAAUCUUUUGUCUCGCAUGGAGCAGUAUGCUAAUAAUCUUGAGGAGCUGGUGGAGGACAGAACUCAAGCCUACCUGGAGGAGAAACGCAAGGCUGAAGCAUUACUGUACCAGAUCCUCCCUCAUUCAGUGGCAGAACAGCUAAAGAGGGGUGAGACAGUGCAGGCAGAAGCUUUUGACUCUGUCACCAUCUACUUUAGUGACAUUGUGGGCUUCACCGCUCUAUCUGCAGAGAGCACACCUAUGCAGGUCGUGACCCUCCUUAAUGAUCUCUACACUUGCUUUGAUGCCAUUAUAGACUAUUUUGAUGUUUACAAGGUGGAAACAAUAGGUGAUGCCUACAUGGUGGUUUCAGGACUGCCGGUACGAAACGGGAAACUGCAUGGUCGUGAGAUUGCACGCAUGUCCCUAGCUCUGUUGGAGGCUGUCAAAACAUUUAAGAUUCACCACCGACCUGAUGAGCAGCUCAAAUUACGAAUCGGCAUCCACAGUGGCCCUGUCUGUGCAGGCGUAGUUGGGCUAAAGAUGCCUCGGUAUUGUCUUUUUGGAGAUACAGUGAACACAUCCUCUCGGAUGGAGUCAAAUGGAGAACCGCUAAAGAUUCAUGUGUCGUCAGCCACUCGAGAUGUGCUACAGGAGUUCAACUGCUUCCAGCUGGAGCUGAGAGGAGAUGUUGAGAUGAAGGGAAAAGGGAAGAUGAGGACCUAUUGGCUUCUUGGGGAGAGCAAGAUCAGUGAAUAAGGGGAAUAAGAGCAAAUAGCUCCACAGGAUAAGCCAAGACACAUUGACUGUAGUCAGUUGCAUCCACAUGGAAACCUUCAAGACUGUUUAUGGCAAGUUCAAUUUGCCCAGUGCAGACGAACAUUACUGUGUACAGCACUGUCGGAGGCGAAGUCUGACCUUUGAAUAUAUGGACUUCAAGGUGGAUUUUCUUUUCUUUCUGUAAGAUGUUAUCACCAUUCAACACAAGUUGUUAUUGCAGAUGUAAAUCAAUUGAGUGAAGGUGAGAGAGUGUGUGUUUCAAAAUUGACCCCUAGUGGACAGGUAGAAGUAUUAAAUUGUAUUUAUUUAAAUGUUAUUGCCUGCCUAAUAAGAACAUUUGAGGGUGUCACUUGAGACAUUAUUUAUUUUGAGUUAUUACUGGGAUUAAAAAAAAAUCCCUUUGCUUUUGUUGGUCUGCUUCAUAUGGGUUGAAAAUAAAAUGUAUGUACCUUGUUUGUUUGUUUUUUUAUAAUCAUAUUGUAAAUGUACAGUAUAACUCCUAUUCCAAAUCGUUUUUCAUCCUGCCUUAAUUUCUGUUAUGACAGAUCAAACACUUGCAUGCAUAUGUAUUCAGAGAUAUUAGUUUAUCUUCUCUAAUGGACCUGUCUGCCAAAUCAUGGUGAAUGAUUGAGGGUGUUUUAGUUUCGAGAGACAGUUUGUUAUUGAUUGUUUUGUGGUAUGAUUGAUUCCUUAGUUUUGUGAGCCAUGCAGACCUACAACAGCUUUAGGACACAUAGCAUAUAAAUAAAAUAAAUGGAACCUUCUUACAAAUCAAUACAGCUCAGUUUAAUUUUAGAUCCUUUGAAGGGGACUAUUUUGCCGCUCUAAAAUAGGAAAAAGGAAAUUUCUUUCGCUUAGCUGUGACAUUAUGUUUUCGAAUGAUUGACACAUGUUUGAUUUUAUAUCAAAAAUAAUUUAUGUAAGUUUGCUUUGAACUAUUUGUCAUUACACUUGCUUCAAUGUGUUACUGUCCCUGCAGGAACAUUUUUUUUUUCUUUCUGUGUAUUUCUCAUGUGUUAUGGUCAGUCUAAUGUGAGCAUGCUGUAUACUUAUAUUUCUCAGGAUAGUGUUUUGGGGUAAUAAUGAAGCUGUUAACAUCUGGCACAUGGAACCAGUCAUUAUGAACCAGCUAAGCAGUUACUGCCCCUGAACGAUUAAGAUUAUAAUGCAGAACAUCCACACAGAACCUUACAUUCAUUUCCAACUCUGCAAUCAAGUUUUGAAUCCUCAGUGUGAAAAAAGGAUUGUUGAGAAAACGUAAAAUAUCCAGACAACAUGAUGCAGUAAGAUUUUUGAUUUCUCAACAACUGUCUAAAUAAUUGUCCUCAGAAACAUUUGUUUGUUAACUAAAUGCAAAAAUUAUUUUAAUUAUUUUAAUAACUUUCAUUUUGUCAAAAUUUGAAAUUUAUGUUUGGUUUUAAUUGACUUUUACAUGAUGUGAACUGCAAUAUUUGCGUUUGAAGAAAGGAAUGGCUUGCAAGGCAAGUACUUACAAUUGUUUGACAGAAACACACAAACCUCAAUAACGGUGAAAAUCAACAAACCUCAAUAAGUUUAAAGAUGAGCUCCUAACAUCAGCACACAACAACUGACUUAUAGUGGCAACAAAAAACAACAAUAACAGUUUAGUUCGUUCAGACAACUCUUUUAGGCUAGUUGGGACAACAUUUGGGGAAUUCUGGUCUAACAUGCGUUUUUAUUUAUACAAAGUAAUUCAGUAAUUCGUAUCUGUUACUCAAAAAAUACAUUAGCUGAAUGAAUUGCAAUAUAAUUUUUUACAGUGAAAGUAAUCUAUUAAUUUCUUACCUACCUGUUCUGCAUAAUUACGUGCCUGACACUUCAAUGACUUUUUAUACAUCCUCACUUGAUUCUCUCUGAUGAGUUAGAUCAUUAUUCUCAUGCGCAUAUAAAAGUGCCCUGAAAAUAUUAAGAGCGAAGGUUAAGCAUUUCUCUCUUAAAAUCUGUCAGACACAUUAACUUGUCCUUUGAUGUUAUCACACUUAUUAAGUAUUUGAUCUUUACACUGAGGUUACCUAUGGGUCAUCAAAUAUUUUGAAUAUUAUGUUGUGAAGUCUUUUAUUUACAUGUCAUAUUAUAAUUUUUGCAUAUGAUAAACCCCAUGUAGCACUCACUUCAUCCAUUACAGUGUUAUA